UAUGAGGGCUCUCCGCAACAUUUGGUUCUUUUUUCCAGAAAGGAAAGAUGGAAAAGGGGAGGGAUCGCCCGUGAGUCUGACUGACAGUUUACAUAAUGAGCUUGUGAGGAUGCGAGGCAACUAUAUAAACAGCUCGAAGCGAAGCAAGUUUUCCAUUUACUGAGCGCUGUUAGCACCGGUUAAAGGAGGAGCGGUUCCACACUAAGCACUCCCCUCCGCGUCUCUCACCAAACCCACCCGGCUUUGGAGUUUAUAAAGGCGACGACAGCGAUCAGAGGUCGGCGGCUGGCUGCAGGAUUAAUUCCCAGAAGGGGACGGAUCGACACCUGGAUUUUACCUUCCGAUUUCUGCUGGUGCUCGGGGAAUAUUUGGAAGAGCAGGUUGCUCCAGGAGAAUCGCCGUGACGCCUCUCUUUUCUCCCUCGAACGAGAAGCGUUUGCUUGGUCCAUUUGAGGAAUACAGAAGGAAAACUAAACCCACUAAGAACUGGAAGCUCGAAUAACACAAGGAUGACAGCCUUGCGCAUCUUUGGCUUGACGUUUCUGUUAACGAUUUUGCAGCAGAGAGUGUCCGGCUCCGGCGUCUUCCAGCUGGAGCUACACGAAUUCGUGAAUAGCCACGGGUAUCUGGCCAGCGGGAAGACCUGUUCCCCCCAUUGCAGGACCUUCUUUCGCGUUUGUUUGAAGCAUUUUCAGACAGUGGUUUCCCCGGGCUCCUGCACUUUCGGCAGCAUCAUCACUCCAGUUCUGGGAAUAAACUCCUUCAGCAUCAAGGAUACAGAGAGAUUUGACAGCCCCAUCAAGCUGCCCUUUAACUUCACGUGGCCGGGAACCUUCUCCCUGAUCAUCCAGGCCUGGCACGCGCCGGACAACUACCUGCCGGAAGGCUCCCGGCCGCCCCCGGACGAGUGGCUCAUCAGCCAGAUGUCGAUCCAGCGGUCGCUGUCGGUGGGCGAGGACUGGUCGCAGGACGUGCAUCAGGGCCCGCUGACCAAGCUGCGCUACUCCUACCGCGUGGUCUGCAGCGAGAACUACUACGGCGAGAGCUGCUCCCGCCUCUGCAAGCGCCGCGACGACCGCUUCGGGCACUACGUGUGCGCGGCGGACGGGAGCCUGGCCUGCCUGCCCGGCUGGGCCGGCGAGUACUGCACCGAGCCCAUCUGUCUGGCUGGAUGUACCGAACAGAAUGGAUACUGCAACAAGCCUGGAGAGUGCAUCUGCCGUCCUGGUUGGCAGGGCCGCUACUGUGAUGAAUGCAUUCCCCACAUAGGCUGCCGCCACGGGACGUGUAAAACACAAUGGCAGUGCAUCUGUGAUGAGGGAUGGGGUGGCCUCUUCUGUGAUCAAGAUCUGAACUACUGCACUCACCACAGGCCAUGCAAGAAUGGAGCAACUUGCAUGAACACUGGCCAGGGCAGCUACACGUGUGCGUGCAAACCCGGCUUCACCGGCGUCGACUGCGAGCACGAGAUCAGCGAGUGCGACAGCAAUCCCUGCAGGAACGGCGGUAGCUGCACGGAUAUGGAGAAUGGUUAUCACUGCCUGUGCCCCCCUGGCUACUAUGGCACUCACUGUGAGCACAGUGCUCUGACAUGUAUAGAUUCUCCGUGCUUCAAUGGUGGCACGUGCUUGGAAAAGGAGCAAGGGGCCAGCUACGCUUGCGUUUGCCCUUUUGGCUUUACAGGGUCAAACUGCGAAAAAAAAGUAGACAGGUGCACAAGCAACCCGUGUGCAAAUGAUGGUAGUUGCUUUUACCUUGGGCAGAUCCGUGUGUGCCGCUGUCGGCCUGGUUUCUCUGGUCAGAAAUGUGAGAUAAACAUCAAUGAUUGUGCCAGAAACCCGUGUUCCAACGGGGGGACUUGUCACGAUCUCAUCAACGACUACACCUGCACAUGCAUGCCAGGCUACAGUGGCAGGAACUGUGACAUCAAAACCAGAGAUGAGUGUGCUUCUGGGCCAUGUGAGAAUGGAGGCACAUGCUACAGCGGACUUUAUAGUGCCAACUUUGUUUGCUACUGUCCUUCUGGCUUCAUGGGCAACCGCUGUGAAUUGCCAGUUUAUUCAGUGCCCGUUACACUUCCUCCUAAACCAGUCCCCUGGAUUGCUAUAUCCAUGGGGGUGGGGCUGGUGGCUUUGCUCAUACUGUUCUGCAUGAUAGCAAUGGUCAUCAGGCAGAUGAGGAUGCACCCAGAGCAGGAGUUGGAGACAAUGAACAACCUGUCUGACUUCCAGAAGGACAAUCUCAUUCCAGCUUCCCAGCUGAAAAACACCAAUAAAAAUAAAGACCUUGAAGUGGACUGUGGGCUGGAGAAAUCAAACUACAAACCCAAGAACCAUAAACUGGACUACAAUCUGGUAAAAGACCUGACAAGUAGAGGGACACCGGAAGAUAAAUAUUACAAAAGUGAAAAAUGUUUAGGAGAGAAGUCUCCCCUCCGACUACACAGUGAAAAGCCAGAAUGCAGAAUAUCAGCGAUAUGCUCUCCGAGGGAUUCAAUGUACCAGUCCGUCUUUGUGAUAACAGAAGAAAGGAAUGAGUGCAUCAUAGCCACAGAGGUAUAAGACUGAAGAUCGGCCCAUUUGCACCUCAGAUGUGGUGAUGCCAGUAGAUGGACGUUCCUGCUGCAUUGUUUACAAUUCAGAACUGGAUUGGACUGUUUUUAAUUACAUGCAACUUGCUGCUCUCAGGCGGAGGAUGGAACUGAGUGAACUGGACAGACUGUGAAUUUACUGAAAGAUGCAAUACACCUUUUUGUUCUUACUGCCCUUGUUUGAAGUUUGAUACCAGAAAUCUCAUUUGCUAUUGAAAAGGGGAGGCAGAGGGAAGAGAGAGGUUAAAAAUGUCGGUGUUAUAAAAUAUGCUGAGGCCAGUUCCUCAUGGACAGACCCCUGGCUUUCCAGAACUCUGGUUAUGGGAGGUGCUGGUAGAUAAGGAGGCACAUAACUGUCACAGGUGUUGCCAUGGAAGGUGCGAAGCAAGACACAUUCUAUGCAGAUAAUGGAUACAGCAUAAAUGAAGUCUCCAUUUUUUCUGGGUUUAAAAGUGCCUAUAAUGUGUCAAGAGAAUCUAACAAGCCCAAACAGAAACUUGACUGCUCUUUUUGCAGUUACCUGAACAGUACUGGGCAGAGGUGAUUGAUCCUUCCUGCUACACAUCCAUUUGCAUCUCCUCUCUCCUGCUGCAUGUACUGGAGACUGUGUAAGGGAUGAGAGGAGGAGGAAAGAAGAGAACUGAAUUUACAUGUCAUCUCAUUUGGUGAUGCUUUGGAGAACUGAUUGACUCAAGCCACGAUGUGGAACAUGAUUUUUGUGGAAGUUGUGAUAAGGAAUGUGUACUGCCUCGUCCCCAUUGAUAGGGAGGAGGUGUGAUCCCAGCUCUAUAUAAAGCCUUAAAAAUGCGUUUAAAAUCAAUCAGCUCCUAGAACCUUUAUGUGCUGAGCUAUCUCAGCUGUUUUCAUGCCCUUUGCACUACCAGUGAUUGUGAAUAGACAUUACUUCUUUUCUUCUCCUUCCUCAUUCUCUUCCCCCUGCCUUAUUUUGACACAAAUUCAGGGGUUUAUGUCGUGUUUCUGAAUUAGGUGCCACCUUUUACUGCAAAUAGUCUCAAAAUUGCAGAUGUUACUUUCUGAAGAAGCAGCAG